AUGGAGGAUGUUACAUUUCUUCCGAAUUUCAAGAAGAAAAAUGUUCAAACAAAGAAGGUUAAGAGUAAAGAGAAGAAGCCAUAUACACCAUUCCCUCCUCCUCAACAACCUAGCAAGAUUGAUCAAGAACUCGAAUCCGGUGAAUACUUCUUGAGUGAGAAAAAGAAAUUAGCAAAGAAAUGGCAAGAGAAGCAGGCAGAGAAAGCAGCUGAAAACAAAAGAAAAAGACAAGCAUCAUUUGUUCCUCCCAAGGAAACCACAAACCAAGAUUCGAAAGAUUCCGAUAACAAGGAAGAUGUCACUGCCCUCGUUAUGUCGUUGAAGCAAAAGGCCAAGGAGUUUGGAAAGAAAAUAUCGCUGCAGAAUAUUAAUGCCGAGAAAUAUAUUUCGGUCCCUGCUGCCGAACCACCUUCGAAAAAGAAAAAGAAACCCAAGCAUACCUAGUAAAGGUGAAGUAUAAAUUUUAGUCUAGACAAGUUCAUGGCAUCGAUCAUAUGACUCGACAUUAUAUCGGAGUUUUCGGCUUCGAAUCAUUAAAACUGUUUUCCUGUAGAGUUUUUGUGGUCAAUGUCUUAACAUAUUUUUGUACAUUUGGAUUCACAUACAAUCUCACUAUUUCUUUUUCAUCCAAGCUAACUACUAGAAGAUUUGAAAAGAAAAGGAAAAUGGCCUCAUCAAGCUUUCGUUUACUGAGCCUUAUGUUUGUGCUUGUUGGGUUUCUUUGUGGGGGGGAGUACAAUGGAGUUUCGGCUCAACGCGAGACUAGUAUUCCGAGCCUUGUAUCCAAAUGAUCGGAAUACGUUCGAGUCUCUGGGCCGGAAAUCCCGCCAUCGACAGAUUGCUGUGAUGUCGUAAAAAGCGUCGUUAUUCCAUGUAUAUGCAAGUUGUUUUUGUUGCUACAUCAUGUGGCUUGACUCUUCAACCUGUAAUGAAACGUGAAA